CAAGAAGUCUUGAAUGUAGAUGAGUAAAAUGCCUAUUAUUUUUAAGAGUGCAAAUCAUUACUUUAUAAAGCAUUAUUUUGUCAAUUUUGACCAGGUAUGAAUCCUCUUCAACCGAACUCUGCUAGUGCAUAGAGCUUUACUUUACCCACGGUAAUUUGGUAAAGAAAAUUGUAUGAGACACAUUUGAAAUCAACAGCUAUUCUUCGAAAGGCUCCGAAGCAUAAAGCGAUGCACAAUGGCUAAUUGGUCAUGUUUUGCCUGGGCAUUACCGGCACCUUAAUCUCCCAAUUAUGUCAACAUCAGUCAAAAACCUUUGAUGUUUUAUAUUUUUAUUAUGGAGCCUGUGUAAGGAUCUCUGCUUCUGCGCUCUGCGCUGGGAUAUCUUUAUAAGGAAUCUACAAUGACGAAAUGCUAGGAUCAUUUUAGCUUCUAGGGAAAUCUUCACCGACCGUUCUAAUUUCCAUACUCCGCGGAGGAAGCGUUCACGAUGUCCAACCUACGCAUUUUAGGUGCAAGUAGUCAGUUCCCGAUUUGCUCCUAGCUACCGUUGGGGGGCGAUCUCGCAACAUCCUCUUUUAAAUUGCGAGUUAUCGUAAUUGUUUCAUUGUAACAGAUUGAGCUUACGUCUCGGCGGACUCAUGCAUUUGAAUGUUGGGUGCCUUUAACGCUACGCACAUCGAUAUGAUACGAGCUAUUAAUUUCAAUAAAUAAUCCUGUUGCACCGAGAUUUGAAUCUGUCUCAGAAGUCAAUCUAAAGAAGAAUUGGGAAGUGCCUCGUAUAUUGUUUUAUGUGAUUAAUUUUGCGAAACCGUUUUUCGUCUUAUCAUUAUGGGGGAAAUGGAAGGUGAUGUUGCAGAACUGACUCACCUGAUGCAAAGGUUUUCUUGGGUGGACUAUGUGGUGUUCGUGUUUAUGUUGGCUAUUAGUGCCGUCGUAGGAGUUUAUUGGGGUUUUUUGAAAAAACAAACGACUCAAGCUGAUUACCUGCUUGGUGGGAGGAAUAUGCAAGUGGUUCCCGUUUCUAUGUCCCUGGUAGCAAGUUUCGUCUCAGGAAUAACUUUAUUAGGAUCGCCGACGGAGGUCUACAUGCACGGAACACAGUAUGCUUUUAUAAUAGGAGCCAUAUUCUUAAUGUCCAUCAUAAUGACACAGAUUUACCUGCCAGUGUUCCACGAACUCAAAAUAACUUCGAAUUAUGAGUACUUAUCAAUUAGAUUCGACAAUAAAGUGCGACUGUUUGGAUCGAUUUUGUUUGCGUUUACAUUGAUAGGCUGGCUUCCGAUUGUUAUUUACGUUCCAGCAUUGGCAUUUAAUCAAGUUACGGGAGUAGAUAUUCACGUCAUCACACCGAUCGUGUGUUUGGUUUGCAUUUUUUACACCAGUGCUGGUGGAUUACAAGCGGUCGUUUGGACGGAUGUCAUCCAAAUUACGGCAAUGUUUGGCGCAAUGGCCUUGGUUGCAAUAAAAGGGACUAUUGACGUAGGCGGUAUAGGAGUUGUCUUCCAGAGGAAUAUGGAUAGCGAAAGGAUUGAAAUGCCAAAUUGGGAUCCUAAUCCUCUAACACGACACACGAUCUGGAGUUUAAUAAUCGGGGGAACAAUUUACUGGCUUCAAUCCAAUGCUGUCAAUCAAACGAUGGUGCAAAGAUACCUCUCUUUGCCGACUCUAAGGGGAGCUAAAUGGGCAGUCUUCUUAUUUUGCAUUGGUAUAUCGUUUCUGUAUUGCUUCUGUCUGUACUGCGGGUUAUUGAUUUAUGCAAGGUUUCACGACUGCGACCCGUUACAAACCAAGCUAGCAAAAGCAAAAGACCAGCUUCUACCUCUUCUAGUAAUGGAUGUGCUUGGUGACAUCCCUGGCUUACCUGGUGUCUUCGUCGCCGGAAUAUUCAGUGCAGCCCUAAGUUCACUAUCCACAAGUCUGAACUCUAUGUCGGCCGUGGUGCUAGAAGACUUCUACAAGCCUUUCUUCAGCAAGCAGUUAUCAGAUAGGCAGAGCAGCUGGCUCAUGAGAGGGGUCGUCAUUCUAUUGGGCACUAUCUGUGUAGGUCUAGUUUUUAUAGUGGAGAAGAUGGGGACGAUCUUACAGCUGACAAUGACGUUGGAGUCCAUGACCAUGGGGCCACAGCUUGGAGUAUUUACCAUGGGAAUUCUCAUGCCUUGGGUAGAUGCUACAGGUGCUCUGGUGGGUGGUGUAAGCGGCGUCGCGAUAAUGUCCUGGUGGUGUCUGACGUCACAGCUCGCCAUAGCUCGCGGGCAGAUCACACACCCUCAUAAAUCGCUCAGCACUGAGGGUUGCACCUAUAACUUUACCAUCGCCGACAAUAUCAUUGAGGAUUCCGUGUUUAGUGAUGAUGUAAACCCAGUCCUCCGCGUGUCCUACAUGUGGUACACCCUCGCCGGAGCCAUGGUGAGCGUGUGUGUCGGCGCCGUGGUCUCCCGCAUAAACCGCGCGCGAGGCAAGCCGCACCUGCCGCCAGCACCGAGGCUGCUCGCUCCACAGCUCAGGAAACUCUAUAAGGAACCCCCUCAUCCCACAGACGAACCUUAUAUAAGAGCUUAUGGACAGAAUAAGGAAACCUGCCAAACGAAUUCUACCUCAAUAAAUAUGAAACCGAUCGCAGAACGCGAAGAAAUCAGCUGAUUAUCUAAUUAAGAGUUUAUUUUAAUAAAAUAUUUCAAGAUGCAA